GAUGUUGGACUUGCACUUUCAGUCUGAAGAAUUCCCUCUCUGGGUAGAUAAAACAGGUUUUGGGGGCAAGAAACUACAAAAAUGGGUACUGGGAACUUGAUGGUAUCUUAUCCUCCUGAAAGUGAGAUAAUGUUGGGCUUUCUUCUCCAUCUUUAAAGGAAGAAGGAACACUCCCAGCAGAGGGAAAUCUAUAAAAGGCCGAGAGAUUAGGCACCUAUGCAGAUUCCUCCGUGUUCCAAGAGACAUCUUGCUCUGGAGAAUCUUUGUCUUUUUACUUUGCAUUUUUCCUUGAAUUGCCUUUGCCUUUUUCAUCAUCAUCAUCAUCAUCAUCAUGUUCUCCCUUUUCUUGGCCAGAAGAGUCCUCUCGGGACGGAGAGUGGUCGCCAUAGGCCUGGAUAUUGCUGGCCUCCAUUGCUGGAUUCCUAGAAAUGUGUCAGAAGCACAGAGCAUCUUGAAAAAUUCUGGAACAGAACAAGAGGACCCCCCAGCAUCUUUGUGGACCACAUCGGCCAGUGGGCUGGUGAAGCUACGAAUGGAUCCUACAUGCUCACAAACCCCAAUAACAGUUCAUCAGAUGUUCCAAGAAUCCCUAGAAAAAUAUGGCGCUCUCAAUGCUCUGGCUAGCAAGAAAAAUGGGAAAUGGGAAAAGAUUACCUUUUUGGAGUAUUACCGUCUCUCUCAGAAAGCAGCCAAAAGCUUCUUGAAGCUCGGCCUUGAACGAUUCCACGGUGUCGCAAUACUUGGGUUCAAUUCUGCAGAAUGGUUCAUUUCAGCAGUUGGUGCCAUUUUUGCUGGAGGGAUCAUGACCGGGAUCUACACAACCAGUUCUCCCGAGGCUUGCCACUAUAUUGCUUACGACUGCAGAGCAAAUAUCAUCAUGGUGGAAAACCAGAAACAGCUGGACAAAAUAAUGCAGAUCUGGAAUCGUCUACCAGACUUGAAAGCUGUGGUGAUGUACAAGGAUUCGUUGCCUGAGAAACACCCCAAUGUGUAUACGAUGGAUGAAUUUAUGGAACUCGGCAACGAGGUCAAGGAGGAAGAACUUGAUGCUAUCAUUAACUCCCAAGUGCCGAAUCAAUGCUGCAUACUAAUCUACACUUCCGGAACGACGGGGAAACCCAAAGGAGCAAUGCUGAGUCAUGACAAUAUCACCUGGACGGCUGCACACUGCAGCCGAGCUGGGGAUAUGCAGCCCGCCGAAAUCCAGCAGGAGAGGAUCGUCAGUUACCUUCCGCUCAGCCACAUUGCUGCACAGAUCUAUGACCUCUGGACCGGAAUCCAGUGGGGAGAGGAAGUCUACUUUGCGGAGCCGGAUGCUCUGAAGGGGGGCUUGGUCGAAGUCCUGAAAGAAGCCCUGCCCACGUCUCACAUGGGAGUUCCUCGGGUGUGGGAGAAGAUCAUGGAGAAAAUCAAAGAGGUCUCUGCUCAGUCAGGCUUCGUGAAGAAGAAGAUGCUCUCCUGGGCCAUGGCGGUCAGUCUGGAAAGAAACCUGAGCAGCUCCAAUAGUGACUUGAAGCCUUUUCGAAUGAAGUUAGCAGACUCGCUGGUGCUGGCUAAAAUCCGCCACGCCCUGGGAUUUUCUCAGUGCCAGAAGCACUUCUGCGGAGCGGCUCCUCUGAGUGCUGAAACUCUGCAAUUCUUCCUGGGUCUGAAUAUCCCCUUGUAUGAAGCAUACGGGAUGAGUGAAACCACCGGGCCACACUGCAUGUCGGGACCAUACGUCCACAGACGCCACAGCUGUGGCAAGGCGGUCCCAGGCUGCAAGGUGAAACUGGUGAAUGAGGAUGCUGAUGGGAGCGGCGAAAUCUGCUUCUGGGGACGGACCGUCUUCAUGGGUUAUUUGAACAUGGAGGAUAAAACCAGAGAAGCUAUUGAUGAGGAUGGCUGGUUGCAUUCGGGAGACCUGGGGAAGCUGGACAAGGAUGGCUUUCUCUACGUCACUGGAAGAAUUAAAGAGCUCAUCAUUACAGCUGGAGGUGAAAAUGUGCCUCCCAUCCCCAUUGAAGAUGUGGUCAAGAAGGAACUCCCACUUGUGAGCAACGCCAUCCUGAUCGGUGACCAGAAGAAAUUCUUGUCCAUGUUACUGACUUUAAAGUGCUUAGUGGAUCCAGAAACUUCUGAACCUACCGACAGCCUCACCCAAGAAGCCAGAGAGUUCUGCCAAAAGGUUGGUAGCAGAGCCACCAAAGUCUCUGAGGUUGUGAGGACACGAGAUCCAGUGGUUUACCAGGCCAUUCAAGAGGGCAUCGACCGAGCCAACAUACACACUGCCGCCAACGCCCACCACGUUCAGAAAUGGGCACUUCUAGAAAAGGAUUUUUCCAUUGCUGGUGGGGAAUUUGGUCCAACAAUGAAAUUAAAGCGACACACAGUGGUGGAGAAAUACAAAGCGGAAAUAGAUUCCUUUUAUAAAGAUUAAAAGGCGGUGCUCUGGGACAUCCUGACAAGGUCCUCUGGAACAUGAAACAAAUCCAGCAAUAGGAAUCUUUAUACAAGAAGGCUCUGUAUAAUAUGCACAACCAUCCUUCGAGGAUAGCCACCUGCCCCUGUUCAAGUGCCAUUUUUGGAGAAGAGCAAGAGAGACUUGGGGAUAUUUAACAGCCCCCUUUUGGCUCUGGUAUGUCGCUUCUGGUUGUAGCCCCUUUGGCUGUAGAAACUGGAGACCCACAAGAUGUAUUCGGACACUGGGCGUGUUCACAGAACCCUCAGAGGAGCGCCCAGCCAGGUAGGAGAGCCGUGCACACUGCGAUUAGCAUCAUGUGAACACAAAUAUCAAGGGGGGAGUGAUCGUGUGGGACCUGGGCAGGAUGGCUUUUUGCCCACCCUUGGGGGGCCAAAUGUCACUGGUCACUGGGGGCCAAAUGUCAGUUGGUUGUGCCUGUCCUCCCUAGCUCCCAAACAAUUGGUGUCCCUUCCUCCUUCCUUGAUCAUUGCAUUCACACAACUGCCGCUCAGGGGUGCUCACAGUUCAAGGUGGCUUCCUAGGUGUUUGCAAAUACAGGUACAGUGUUAUACCAAGUGAACUGGCUGCAAGCCCCCUCAAAUACAGGGUAUACCACUACUGUAUGUGCCUACAGAUCGGGAUGUGCAUGCAUUGCUCACAAGACUAUACAUAUGAUGGACAUUAUGAAAAGGGUCACAGCUGAGCGGCCCACACAAUCACUCAAAUCUAGGUUUCAUGUGAGUUACCGACAUUAGUGCGAUUGUGUGAACCAGGGGGUUCCCAACCUGGGUUCCUCCAGAUGUUGCUGAACUACAACUCCCAAAAGAAAAUUAGGGCCACACGUGUACUAAGAACAAAAACAAACCGCGUGAGUACAGAAAAAUCCAAUCGUAAAUACAAAACUAUCAAAAUUAAUAGCUGUUUAUAAACAAUCAUGAAAUUAGUAACGAUACAUAUGUCCAAGAUCUACAGUGAGGGAAAUAAGUAUUUGAUCCCCUGCUGAUUUUGUCCGUUUGCCCUCUGACACAGAAAUGAC